AUGUCUAUCCAAUCCGCCAGCUUUAUCACUUCCGAUGCACUCAUUGCAACACUCGCCACUCCUCAUGUAGAGUCUACUGCCUCUCAUUUGGAUGUCAGAGUGUGGGUUGAUAACACCCUGUCUUAUCUCAAACAGCAGGAUAGCGUCCAGUUAGGUGUUGGCUCAGUAGAAACUAUGGUAGUGCGCUGUCAGUUUGUUUCGGUUCACGCAACUGGCUCAAGCUUUAUAGCCAUGAUAACAUACAUGCAGUUGGUCAUGCAAUGUCAAAGGUACUUGCGCACUUCACUUGGUUUCUUGCAUUCCAACAUUCGAAAAUUUUACAACAAUGAGGUUGCCAAGUUGAGAAGUGCGCCAUCAGAACGUACUUUCCAUCGCUGGUAUGAACAUGGCUGUAAAUUCAUCUUGCUAGCUGCGGGUGGGUCAUUCUACUUGCUUGUUAUCAUUGCAGGUCUGGAAAUAUGGUGGAAAGUUGCAUCGAUGCAGUUUAGUGUCCUUCGGCAAGUUGGUAGUAUGUUGAGGCAGCCGGGGAUUGGCGAUAAGGCCGACUUAAUCACUCAACGUAUCAUACCUGCCAUUGCCUGGAUCAGAUCCCAAAUGCUUAUUUUCCUGCAAAGAAUUUUUCCAUCUUCAUUUCUAACAUGUGUUGGAGCUGGGGACACCCUGGACUGCACAGACCUGGUGCUCACUGAUGGAGUCUUCGAUAUCUUCAGACAAGAGUGCGUAAUAUAUUUAUUUUACAUUUGCAAAAAAAUUCUCACUGACCUUCCAGGAAUUUCACUCUCCCAGCCAGGGAUAUGGGAGCCUGGGCCAUUUGCAAAUCAGAUCGGUAAGGGCAUAACUAGCCACUUACAUUCUUUGACGUGUUGCCCUAGUGGGGUGAAACACUUCUGUGUUACAGUAGUCCAAACAUCUUUUGACCGCUCACAUUGUAACAAUGUGCGAUCCCCUGCUAAGAAUGACAGGAAGGAUAAUGUGAUAUGGACAGAAAGCAAGCACAUGAAAGCAGCGGCAGGGGAAGUUGUUAGCGAUCUUGAUGAUCUAGGCAAUAAGAUGGGUGAACUCUAUCCAGAGGGCUACAGAAGCCACAGGGGAUAUGUACGCAUACCAAUGCACAUUCUGAAAGGUGGUAUGCUUGAUUUACGCAAUUCAGAUGGCAGUCUCAUGGCUUUCAUCUGUCCCUCUCUACCAGAGACCAUUCACCUUGGCCUCACCAGUAGCUUGCUCGCCUGCUUUGAAAGCAAGAACCAAGACGCCGGUUCCACCUUUGAAAAGCUGGCAGAGAAGACUCUUCUUUGUCCCUUCCAGUGCCUGCAUUUCUCGCUCUGGAAUCGCUACUCGACUGUGGGAGACAAUGCACCCACUCAUAUUCAUCCUUAUGAUAUGGUUAGGGCGGAUGUAAGUCACACUAAUCAUAUGCAGUGUUUGCCCUAUCCUUCAAGAGACAUCUUGGAGCACCAGGAACUGUAUAACAACAUCCUGACUACAUUUGGCGAACUCUUUGAGUGGAUUGAAAUGGUGAUGAAGGAGUUUUUGCCAGAGGAGUACGAAGUUCUGGUAGAACUUGGCCAGAAUCUUCCUGGUGGAGAACGCUCACCGGUGGCUCCUUUCCUUGAGCCCCUUCAGUGA